ACUUCCGGGAGGCAUUCCUAGCCUGGGAAAAAAAGCGGGUCUGGGAGCUCUCUGUACAAACAACACGCCGGAGAGUGAUCAGCCAUGUCAUAAGACAACACUGAAAUCAGACUAAAUCUGUCAUCGGUUCAUAAAUUCAAUCUUUGUCAUUUUUUUUCUCCAGGACUGACCGAGACGUAUAUCGACGAAGCCGUGCAUGAACUGGAAAGCACUGACGUUUAGCCGAAUAGCUCAUUCAAGACAAAAGCUCCAGCAGGACAGAUAGUAUGCUGAGUAAAGCAGCCACUAUGGAGAUCCCUAUCAACCGUAACGGAGACACGAGGACGCUGGCGGAGGAUGACAGCCUUGAACAAGUUGCUAAGCUACAGUGGAGCUUAGAUGAGAAGGACCUACAGCAGGUGAUGGUGUCUGGACCCAAUCUGAAUGAGACCAGUAUCGUAUCCGGAGGUUAUGGGGGUACAGCUGAGGGAAUCAUUCCUACCAGCUCCAUUAAAGGCCCUGCUGUGCGCUACAACGCUCAGUUUAACAGACGCAUCCCAGUCACAGGACAAGGUUCCAGUAUGCAGGACAGUAGAAGCAGCAGUUCCACGACUGCAGAGGAGGCCUCCAGAGGAGUGGCUGUAGAGAAACUGGACUUCAUGAAGCAAUGGGGCCUCAACACCUACAAGUGCACUAAACAGAUGAUCGCAGAGCGGUUUGGUCGUGGUUCUCGGACUGUGGAUCUAGAACUGGAGGCUCAGAUAGAAGUUCUCCGGGACACCAAGAGGAAGUAUGAGACUGUGCUGCGAUUGGCCAGAGCCCUGACCAAUCACUUGUACAGCAUGGUGCAGACUCAACACGCCCUCGGGGACACCUUCACCGACCUCAGCCUGAAAUCACCUGAACUACGAGAUGAGUUUGGGUACAACGCAGAGACCCAGAAGUUAUUAUGCAAGAACGGAGAGACACUGCUAGGAGCCAUCAACUUCUUUGUGUCCAGCAUCAAUACACUGGUGAACAAGACCAUGGCGGAUACGUUGAUGACCAUCACGAUGUACGAGGCUGCUAGGUUGGAGUAUGAUGCGUACAGGGCAGACCUAGAGGAGUUAAGCGUUGGUCCCAGGGAUGUGGUGAACAUGGCCCGUAUAGAUACAGCCCAGGAGCAGUACCAGAUCCACAAGGACAAAUAUGAACGUCUUCGCUCCGACGUCAUGAUCAAACUCAACUUCCUGGAUGAAAACAAGGUAAAAGUGAUGCAUAAACAGCUGCUCCUGUUCCAUAAUGCCAUCUCAGCGUACUUUGCUGGGAACCAGCAGCAGUUGGAGCAGACCCUGAAGCAGUUCAACAUCAAGCUGAGGCCCCCAGGGGCCGACAAACCCUCCUGGCUUGAGGAACCAUGAGGGAGGGAGCCACAGGAGAUAGGGCAGCCCAGGAGAGGCCCUCCUAACCUGGGAAACAGCGGACCCCCCAAACCCUUACUAUCCACUACAGUGGACCACGGACGGACAGACAGACAGGACUACGUAGAGAUGGAUGGGCCAAGGGCCUUGUAUCUAUAGAGGACUGUGUCACAAUCAGGGACUUGUCUUAUUUCAUGAUCUCUCCUUUUCUCUCUUUAUCCACAAAUCCUCCUGUAUAAUAUAUUAUCUCCAGUCCUCUAUGUAAGUGCUAAUGCCCGAGAAGCCUGUGUUUGGAGGAUAUAUUGGCACGGGACUGAGUCGUAUAUAUCCUCCAAACACCGGCUUCUCUGGCAUGAUCACUUUUACACAACGGGUUACCAACACAUUCAAAUGAUGAUUGACAUAUUUUCAUUAAACGUUAUUUUGAUGAA